GUUUGCUGUAGAGAAUUAAGAGGCAUCAUGAAUUCCAUCGAAUUGAUGCAAAAUUACUAUGAUUAUGACUACCUCAACACAACAGAUACCCCAACAGUGUCUUCACCAUCAUGCAGAGAUGCGAUGUGUGUGAUCUUAGCAACAGCCAAUGUGAUCAUCUUUGUGCUGGGUGUCACUGGAAAUGGUCUGGUGAUUUGGAUCACUGGAUUUAGGAUGAAGAAGUCGGUCAACACAACCUGGUACCUCAGCCUGGCCGUGUCUGACUGCCUGUUCUGUGCCUUCCUGCCAUUUCAUGUUGUCUUCUUGGUUAAAGGCGACUGGGUCUUUGGGCUCUUCUUGUGUAAGCUCCAGUCCUUCAUCAUGUUUAUUAACAUGUUCAGCAGCAUCUUCCUCCUCCUCAUCAUCAGCGUGGACCGCUGUGUGGUCGUUAUGUUUCCUGUGUGGGCGCAGAACCAGCGCACUGUAAAAAAGGCCUCUGUGAUAGUCAUGCUGGCUUGGAUUGUCUCAGCACUGCUUAGCACACCAUCAGCCAUUUACCGGAACAUCAAGGAAGAUCACAUGACUUCAAUAAAAACAUGUUACUACAGAUACACAGAUGUUAAAAAUCAAGACCAUAUUACCAUUGUAGUGUGCCGAUUCAUUUUUGGAUUUGUGAUCCCAUUCCUGGUCAUCGUCACCUGUUAUGCUGUCAUCAUCCAAAAGCUGAAGACCAACCAGAUGGCAAAGUCCAAAAAGCCGUUUAGGAUUAUGACAGUGCUGAUUCUUUGCUUUUUUAUCUGCUGGUUUCCUUUUCACACUGUUGCUUUCAUGGAACUUGACAGUAAAUAUCACAGUCUUGUUCCCACUGGACAAAAUAUUGCUGCCACUCUUGCCACUGCAAACAGCUUUAUGAACCCAUUUCUUUAUGCUUUCAUGGGGAAGGAUUUUAAGAGGACGUUUUAUGCACUUCUGCUGAACAUUGAGAGUGCAAUGGAGGAGGAGCAAAGGAGCACAGUCCGACGAACGUCUAUCACCAACUCAGGGGAAGGCAGACUUUCGAUUACCGUUUAAGUGUCCUGUGUAUGGUUUUGUCAGUCAUGAAGAUUAUCAAACAAUUAGGCAAAAAAAGAAUGUAGAUAUAUUUAGGUUUGCUAAUGCAAUUUUGCCUCUUGCAGAACUCACUCAUGUUAUCUUUGUCUAGAGUAGUCUUGGUUUAUAUGGAAAACAACUGCAUUUAUCUAC